AUGUCUGACCAAUAUUAUGAAGAAAAUUGGACAUCUACACAAUUACUUCUGGAAUCAAAUAUACAGAUCGAACCUACCCAAGUCGACAGAAGAGAAGAACGUUCCCUCCUAGCUACUUUGUACUUGAAAUACAUCUUGAUAGCAAACAGAAUGAUGGAAAUUAUCGAUCAGAUAGUUCAAGUUCAAAGAAGAAAAUUGAUGAAAAAGCUUCUGGAGGCCAUCCUUGGCAGAAUACUCGAGUUGAAAUAUGACCUAGUGGAAGCCGAUUUGAACGAAUGGACCCACUGUGGCGAUAUUAUAGAAUCUUUGGGAUUGAACCCAAUCGAGUGCGAAUUGAAUAUUCCCGCUUUUUUCAGGGAUGAAAACGAGGAUUUUGUACGAAAGCAGAAGUUGCUGACAACUUGCGAGGUUAACUCAGGUUUAUUCGGUAAAAUUGAAGAAAAGAAGGCACCGAUGAGUGAAGAACAAGCCAUUCUUUCCAUUCAAACACAUGAACGUGCAAGACAAGGAAAGUUGAGGGCGCAGUAUAUGAAACAGAUGAAACAAAUGAAGGAAAAUUUGAAACAACCGAUAUAUUCCCAAUCCGACUCGACAGAUGCUGUUUCAUCUCGACUACUCGCGGCUAUAAGAAUUCAAAGACAUUGGAGAGGAUUCAUCGCUAGAAGGGCAAUGCGCAAAAGUAAAAUUCAGGAGAUGAUGAUUUUAGGUAUGAUCCCUAGUAUAAGAUACACAGAAGAAGAAAUGGAAGAAGAUAUAGCUAACAAAAAAAGAAGGCGAGAAUUGCGUAAACAGUUCCAAGACGACUACAACAAAACUUUAUCGAACAUUCGAAACAAGUUAGAGAAGGAACAGAAAGCACUAAUACUUGAACAACUGAGUGAUCAAGUGAGGGGUUGGAUACAAGAAUACAACCAGCAUACUGGACGAAUACCUGAAAUAACUGGUUCUGAAAGAUCUACAUCCAGGUUACAAUUGAGCCGUCAAGGUACAGAUAGCGAAAUCAGCAAAUCCAGCCAGCAAACCUCGGGAGACUCGAAAUCUAAAAGGGAGGGAAGUGGCAAAUCGAAAUCAACCCCAAAAGAACCGGAAGAGACGAACCUCAUUCAGUCGAAAAUGCUCACAUCGAUAUUCCUUCCGGAACUCAAUGCUCGCAGGGAAGAAUACAAGGAUAUAUGGAAAGAUAUGGAGGAUACCCCUGACUUUCAUCGACGUUUCAACGAAAACUUGAUUGUCCAAGACGAAGUGUCCAAUUUGGAAAAUAAACUGAGGAAAGUUGUUGAUGAAAUUAUGAAGUCGGAAUUGCAACUUCUGCAGGACGCUUUGGAUAGAGAUAAAGGAUUCAAAAUGAAGAAGCGCGCUAGUAAAAAAGUUAAGAGGAGCGGUAAGAAAAGUAAAAGGAAGAAAGAGAAAGAUUUAACACCUGACCGUACUGAACAAUCCUUAUUCGAAGAACUGGUAGCGAAUGGAAUAAUAAAAAGUUAUCCAGAAAUAUAUAUGAGAGAUUUCCACGGAGAAAGAUCUUGCAAUGCACCAGUGCCUUUCACCAGUCCCAAAGAACCAUCCAAUUCAUUGGGAGACAUCCGCCAACUUCUUAAAGAAUUCUGCAUCGUUCCUUCUCUAACCCAACAGUUACACCAGACCUCGCCCCAUGUGAAAUCUGUCCUGUUGGUUGGUCCAAAAGGAAGUGGAAAAAAUAUGUUGAUAAAUUCGAUAUGCACAGAAAUCGGUGCGACUCUUUUCGACAUUUCACCUCCGAACAUCGUUGGGAAGUACCCCGGCAAAUCUGGUCUCAUAAUGUUGGUACACUUGAUUUUGAAGGUAGCCAGGCUAUUUCAACCCUCCGUCAUUUAUAUGAAUGAUGCGGAAAAGCCUUUCAUAAAGAGGAUUCCUCGAACUGACAAGACGGACCCUAAGCGUCUGAAGAAGGAUCUACCUAAAAUUGUUAAAUAUUUGGCACCCGAAGAUAGAAUUUUACUGGUAGGUGUUUCUAGAUCACCUUGGGAAUGCGAUCAAAGACUACUACAAAGUGUUUAUCAGAAGUUUAUAAUAAUCCCACGACUAGAUUACUGUUCCAGAUAUGCAAUAUGGUCCACCAUACUCAAGACAUAUCCACUUGUUGGUUUCGACAUAAGUCUUGUAACUAGGAUAUCUGACGGUUACACGGCAGGAGCUAUCAUAUCGACAAUAAAUGAGGUGCUGACUGUUAAACGAACACUUCAACUUUUGGUCCAUCCUCUACAUCCCAUGGAAUUGAUAAGUGUAUUGUGCACAAAGAAUCCAGUAUAUAAGGAAGAAGAAGAGAUGAUAGCAACAUGGCUCCUGAAGACUCCAAUGAGCAAAAGACGCACAAAAGUGAUAGAUUUCCUGAAGCAGGAAACUCAAGAAAUGCAAGCUAAAAAGACUGGUUCUAAGAAGAAAUCUUCUGGGAAAAAGUCGAAGUGAAUAAGCUUCAAGCUAACAGUAAAUGUGAAAAGUUUUUUCAAGUUUAA